AUGACUGAGGUGCUGAAUUCUCUGGAGCCGGGGACUGAGGACUUCACUGGAGCAGAGGGAGACGAGGCCGCAAUCUUCCCCGAGUCUCACGAGCGUUACCCAAAGCUCUCCAAGCGUCUGCCCUCCAUCGUGGUGGAGCCCACAGAGACGGCGGAGGUGGAGAGCGGGGAGCUAAGAUGGCCGCCGGACGAACCCAGCUCCCCUGAAGAGAAGGCCCGCCGCGGUCUGGAGGAGCAAGCAGCUGCAGGGUCGGACGUGACAGAGGACCCGUCUGGAGCCGAGAUGCAGGACUGAAGUGGACCCUGGAGACUGUGAGUCCAUCUAGACCUGGAUCUCAACCGGACCAGAACCAGACCAGAACCGGGCCGGGACUGGAC